CUGGACACAGGAUGUACUUUCCCCACUUUAAUGGUGCCCGAACAACAAACCGCUCACCAAGCAACUUCCUGCUCACCGCGACGUGCUUACGUCAGAGCUGUGCGUCAGGCUGCCACCGGGAGCGUCCGAAUGGAAAAGCGUAUGGAAAACCAAAUCUCGGACACGGAGUGUUUGUAAUAAUCCUCUAUUUAUAACCGACGCCCUGUAAAGCUGUACGUUUUUUUUUUCGUGGAGGUAGGCUGGCUCUCCUGGCUCGUGUAUAUAAACUUACCGGGACAGUAUGGAGCUCUGCUGGAGUCUGACGGACCGGAUCUCCGACCAAGAAGCCGGACAACAGCUGCUCCUCACAUCGAGUAGCUAGCGUCCACUUUUAACCCCCCGGGGCUCCGUUUACCACUUUUACAGGUCCGGCAUCCAAUUCGGGCUGACCCGCUUUCCAGGAUAGCGGCCACUUUAUUUCGCACUGUAAUACAUCUGUAGUUACCCAGCUCCCGGCAGCCAGCAUCGUUUUUAUCUGCUUCUCUUUUGUACUCCGAAGCCAUGUCCGGGACCGAGCUCUGACUAUUACAGGGUCGACUUUGACAAGUUUCCGUUGAACAUGAAGUCUAGUCUGGCACCCGGGAUACGACUUAUCACGUCGUUUUCUCGAGACAGUUGGUAUCGUGGUUUUACUCUCUUCCUCACAUUCCUCUUCUACACGGCCUACCACCUGUCACGGAAACCGAUCAGCAUCAUUAAGAGUGAGCUGCACAGGAACUGUUCCUCCGUCAUUCCACCUGCAGACCUCAACAUCACCAACAAUGCUACCUGGUGUGACUGGGCUCCCUUUGACCAGGACAACUACCAGACUCUGUUUGGGGUGCUGGAUAACUCCUUCCUGGUUGCCUACGCCAUCGGCAUGUUUUUCAGUGGGAUCUUUGGCGAGCGCCUCCCCCUGCGGCUCUACCUGAGCGCCGGGAUGCUGAUGAGCGGACUGUUCACGUGUCUGUUUGGGCUCGGCUUCUACUGGAACAUCCACUCACUGGGUUACUACGCCUUUGUCCAGGUCAUGAACGGACUCAUGCAGACCACCGGCUGGCCGUCCGUGGUGGCUUGUGUCGGCAACUGGUUCGGAAAGGGGAAGCGCGGUUUCAUCAUGGGCGUGUGGAAUUCCCAUACCUCGGUGGGAAACAUCUUGGGCUCCCUCAUUGCCGGGGUCUUCGUCUCGUCGGCGUGGGGGAUGUCCUUCAUAGUCCCCGGAGUCAUCAUCGCUUCGACUGGGAUCCUGUGCUUCUUCUUCCUGGUUGAAAAGCCCGAAGACGUCAACUGCACUCCCCCUCAGCACCAUGUGAGUGGAACGGAAAGCGAACAGGAGAGCGACGAGACGGAGCCUCUGCUUCGCAACUCAGCCAACGGCACCCAGACCAUCAACGGCGCCAUUUCCACCGAGGUUCCGGAGAUUGUGGAGGAACACACGGAGGCCAUCGGUUUCUUCAGGGCUCUCUGCAUACCUGGGGUGGUGGAGUUCUCCCUCUGCCUGCUGUUCGCCAAACUGGUCAGCUACACCUUCCUGUACUGGCUUCCACUCUACAUCUCAAACGUUGCACACUUUGAGGCUAAACAAGCCGGAGAUAUGUCAACACUAUUCGACGUUGGGGGAAUCAUGGGCGGCAUCCUGGCCGGGCUGGUGUCGGACUACACGGGUGGGAGAGCGUCCACCUGCUGCGUCAUGCUGGUGGCUGCUGCCCCCAUGCUUUUCCUCUAUAAUUACAUUGGCCAGAGGAGCCUUGGUACAACAGUAGGGAUGCUGCUGGUGUGUGGAGGCCUGGUGAACGGCCCCUAUGCCCUCAUCACCACCGCCGUGUCAGCUGACCUGGGAACCCACGAGAGUCUGAGAGGGAACUCCAGGGCAUUAUCAACUGUGACGGCCAUUAUUGACGGGACGGGAUCAAUAGGUGCUGCUUUGGGUCCCCUUCUUGCCGGUGUGAUUUCCCCCACCGGCUGGAACAACGUCUUCUACAUGCUCAUCUCUGCCGAUGUCUUAGCCUGCCUGGUCAGAAGCCCCUCUUUACCCCACAGAAACUCUCGCCUUUUUGACCAGGCUUGUCUACAAGGAAAUUCUGGGCUGGUGCAGACGAGCCCCCCGAGUCAGAGGAUUCAAAGACACCUGAAUAAGUCACACAAUCAAACAGGGAACCACACGAACACAACACAGAAGGGAAACGGCACCCGAAGUGACCUCACAUCUGCUUUCCAAACCAAGCGGGACGAUUCUGGGCACUAAAAUGACAAUUGAAUCUUUCUGAAAUGCCUUUUUAGAGACAGAAAAUCUUUUAUAUGACCCAUUUACUCAUUCCUACUACGUUGUUUUAAUAUGCUUUUAUUAUUAAAGAGGAUAUUAUGUGAUUUGUUUUCUAAAAUGUGUCCUUUUUCUGUGUUAUUAUGCGUGUCUGCAUCCAGUUAUGUGUCUUGACAAAUGAGUACCUUUUCAUUUGAACAUAAAGUGCUAUUAUCUGA